ACCUGUUCAGCUGGAGUAACAAAGAUUUACCAUCAUCUGCAGAGGAAUAUGUCUAAAAAACAAAACAACCAAGCAAAAAACCCAAACAAAAGCAAAAGUUAUGCUCAGCUGGUGGUAUAAAGCCUGUGUAAGAAAUCAACUGUCAGUCCGAGGGAGAGAUAUCAUCAAGUAUCAUCAGAAUUAAGCAGUGUGUAUGAGAGAGCUGAGAGGACCAGAGCCUGGAGGUCAAACUCACAAUCAGGACAUAAUCACGCACAAGAAUGAAGAUUAAAUACACCAUCUCCUUGGUCUUCAUCGUGGCUGUGGUCAUCAUCGAGAAGGAGAGCAACAUCAUCUCCAAGGUCUUGGAUAAGCUCUCUCUGAAGCAGACAGCUCAGACUCCACUCCAGACCAGCGGAUCGUCUUGGUCACCUCUCCGACAAAAUGGUACCAAUGCUCUGGUCCUGUCUGAGCUUGACUUCUCAUCCUAUCUGGAAGUAAAAUGGCAUCUGAAGAACAUCACCAAGCCCAGCAAAGGCGGGAAACACAUACUCCUCUUGGCCACAAUGCGUACAGGUUCCUCGUUUGUGGGCGAGUUUUUUAACCAGCAUGGCGCCAACAUGUUCUACUUGUUUGAGCCUCUUUGGCAUGUGGCACACAUGCUACCUGUGGAGGGUGGAGAGACCAAUGGUACGGCUUUGACAAAGGCUUAUCGUGACGUUCUCCAUCAGCUCUUCUUGUGUGACUUCACCCUGCUGGAGAGCUUCAUCAAGCCACCACCAAAGGACCAUAUCACAACAGGACUAUUUCGUCGUGAGUCCAGCCAGUCGUUAUGCAACAAUCCCGUCUGCACACCAUUUGUGAAGAAGGGCUAUGUGCCUUCCCAAUGCCGUAACCAGCGCUGCGGUCCACUAAACCUCACAUUAGCAUCCCAGUCCUGCCUGGGGAAGGAGCACCAUGCCAUCAAGUCUGUACGAGUAUGGCAACUGGAGACGCUACAAUUGUUAGCAGAAGAUCCACGACUGGAUUUGAAGGUUAUUCAGCUGGUCCGGGAUCCUCGAGCCAUGUUAGCAUCCCGCAUGGUGGCCUUCGCAAAAGAGUAUAAAUACUGGAAGAGGUGGACCAUGAGUGGAGACAUUCCCGAGGAUGACAACGAAGUGAGAAAGCUCAGAGAGACCUGCGAGAAUAUCCGCAUGUCUGCCGAAGUGGGUCUCAAACAGCCCCCAUGGUUGCAUGGGCGAUACAUGCUAGUGCGCUACGAGGACAUCGCCAUGUUUCCGAUGCUUAAAGCAGUUGAGCUGUACCAGUUUACUGGCAUCCCGUUCACUGCCCAGGUGAAGGAGUGGAUCUUGAGGAACACGCAAGCAUCCGAUAAGGCUAGCGGCAUCUACUCGACCAAGAGAAACUCAUCCCAGCAGGUGGAGAAAUGGAGGUUUAGUAUGCCAUUUAAGCUCGCACAGAUGGUUCAGAAAAUUUGUGGUCCCACCAUGAAUUUGUUCGGGUACACAUUCGCAGAAAGCGAAGAGAUGCUGAUGGACAAAUCGAUCAGUUUGAUCGAAGAUAGGAUUUUCUUAUGACUAUAGAAUAUUUUUUUCACACAGAACUUAGACUUUUUUAGGAAGUUUUUUUUAUUUUAUUAUGGAGAUUUGUUCAGAAACAAGGACAAUGGCUUAAAGAUCAAAUGCAUAGCUAUAAACCGUAUCACAAACGUCAUGGAGACGUGUGGAGAAAAUAAUUUGUCAGAAAUGUUGAUUAUCAUGUUUCUAUAACCUUUUACUGUUACAUUUUACUGUUAUGUUCAUCAGCUAAAUGAUUUAGCAUAGGGCAUCUUUUUUUAAGUUACGUAUUUAUCAUUUCUGCUUUUCAGCUGGUUCAGGUGUCAACUCUGUUACAAAUGCUGCUUUCAUCCCAAAGAUGAACCGUAAGAUGCAAAAGCUUUGCAAAAGCUGAUGGUGGACUCAUGAACAUUAACAUUAGCCAAUGUGAGAGAGGCCUUCAGUUGCUUAGAAAUUACCCUGGGGUCCUUUGUGACCUCGCCGACUAUUACACACCUUGCUCUUGGAGUGAUCUUUGUUGGUGGACCACUCCUGGGGAGGGUAACAAUGGUCUUGAAAUUCCUCCAUUUGUACACAAUCUGUUUGACUGUGGAUUGGUGGAGUCCAAACUCUUUAGAGAUGGUUUUGUAACCUUUUCCAGCCUGAUGAGCAUCAACAAUGCUUUUUCUGAGGUCCUCAGAAAUCUCCUUUGUUCAUGCCAUGAUACACUUCCACAAACAUGUGUUGUGAAGAUCAGACUUUGAUAGAUCCCUGUUCUUUAAAUAAAACAGGGUGCCUACUCACACCUGAUUGUCAUCCCAUUGAUUGAAAACACCUGACUCUAAUUUCACCUUCAAAUGAACUGCUAAUCCUAGAGGUUCACAUACUUUUGCCACUCCCAGAUAUCCAACAUCUGAAUUGGACAUUCUGCCCACCAACUUUUUUAAGUUGUUCUUCAAAAUUACAGAUGUGCUUCAGAUCAUAAAUACAUCCCUAGAGACUGGCAUUGUUCCUGUGUCCCUGAAAAAAGCCGUUGUAAAGCCCCUACUUAAAAAGAAUAAUCUGGAUGCUUCAGUAUUAAACAACUACAAGCCAAUAUCAAAUCUACCAUUCAUCGGGAAAAUCCUUGAAAAAAUUGUCUUCAAUCAAUUAACUGCCUUCUUGAUAUCAAACAGCUGUUUUGAUAACUUUCAGUCAGGAUUUCGUGCCAAUCAUAGCACUGAAACAGCGCUGAUUAAAGUUAUAAAUGACAUACGUCUUAAUACUGAUGCAGGCAAAACAUCGGUCCUGGUGUUACUGGACCUCAGUGCAGCUUUUGAUACUGUUGAUCACAACAUACUGCUAUAUCGACUUGAACACUGGGUUGGGUUGACUGGUAAAGUUAUUGAUUGGUUAAAAUCAUACUUAAAAGAUAGAAGCUUCUUUGUUACCAUGGGAAAUUGUACCUCAACAUCAAUGUCCUUGACCUGUGGUGUUCCCCAGGGGUCGAUUCUUGGACCAUUACUCAUCUCAUCUCAUUAUCUCUAGCCGCUUUAUCCUUCUACAGGGUCGCAGGCAAGCUGGAGCCUAUCCCAGCUGACUACGGGCAAAAGCCAGGGUACACCCUGGACAAGUCGCCAGGUCAUCACAGGGCUGACACAUAGACACAGACAAUCAUUCACACCUACGGUCAAUUUAGAGUCACCAGUUAACCUAACCUGCAUGUCUUUGGACUGUGGGGGAAACUGGAGCACCCGGAGGAAACCCACGCGGACACGGGCAGAACAUGCAAACUCCACACAGAAAGGCCCUCGCCGGCCACGGGGCUUGAACCCAGGACCUUCUUGCUGUGAGGCGACAGCACUAACCACUACACCACCGUGCCGCCCCUGGACCAUUACUAUUCAACCUUUAUAUGCUCCCACUUGGACAAAUUAUCAAGAACAACUCAAUUUUGUAUCACUGCUAUGCAGAUGACACCCAAAUUUAUUUUGCUCUAUCACCUAAUGAUUAUGCCCCCCUUGAAUGUCUCUACCAGUGUAUUGACCAAAGCAACAACUGGAUGUCACAAAAUUUUCUUCAGCUGAACACAGAUAAAACAGAAGUAAUUCUAUUUGGGAAAAAAGAUGAAAGACUCAGGAUUACCACUAUUCUUGACACAAAGGGGAUUAAAACAAAAGAUAUGGUUAAAAAUCUUGGUGUUUUCAUGGACAGCGAGCUAAACUUUGACAGUCACAUGAAAGCAAUCACUAAAAUGGCAUUUUAUCAUCUAAAAAACAUUUCCAGACUAAGAGGACUUGUGUCAAAAAAUGAUCUGGAAAACUUAUCCAUGCCUUCAUCUCUAGUAGGGUUGAUUACUGCAAUGGCCUUUUCACAGGCCUGCCAAAAAAGACCAUCAAACGACUUCAGCUGGUUCAAAAUGCAGCAGCUAGCGUUCUCACACGAACAAAAAGAACAGAGCACAUUACUCCAAUUCUAAGGUCCCUUCACUGGCUUCCAGUAAGCUACAGAAUUGACUUUAAAGCAUUGCUGCUGGUGUACAAAUCUCUAAAUGGUACAGGGCCCAAUUACCUCUCUGAUAUGUUGCGGCAGCCUAACCCAAUCAGAUCUACCAGAUCGCAGCAGCAAAAUUUACUGGUAAAACCUGUUGUUAAAACAAAGUGUGGUGAAGCAGCUUUUAGCUACUAUGCAGUACAGCUAUGGAACCAACUCCCAGAGGACAUCAAAAAUGCUCCUGCUGUUGGCAGCUUCAAAUCUAGACUAAAGACCAAGCUGUUCUCAGAUGCUUUCUGCUAACUGAUUAAUAUCAUCAUCUUUACGUUUUAAACUUUCUUAACUUUUACAGUCUCUGCAUGUUUUAAACUUUAACUUUUAUUCUAUUUUAUUCUGCUGUUUUUUUAACUGAAUUUUUACUUCAUUUUAUUUUAUUUCUACUAUUGUUUAAUUCUUAUUAUUUUUCU